AUGUUGUCUUCGCACCACGAGGCCAUGCUGCCGUACGCGCCGCGGCCGCCGUCGCUGCUGGUGGACCGGCGGUACAAGCAGGGCGGCGAGGCGGCGCCCAACUGCCCGCGCUGCGACUCGCCCAACACCAAGUUCUGCUACUACAACAACUACAGCCUCAGCCAGCCGCGCUACUUCUGCAAGGGCUGCCGCCGGUACUGGACCAAGGGAGGCUCCCUCCGGAACGUGCCCGUCGGCGGCGGCUGCCGGAAGAACCGCCGGGGCAAGUCUUCCGUGCGGUCGGCUGCCGAGUCCAUCGCGAGCGGCCGCGACGCGGCGUUCGGGCACCGGUUCCCGGGCCCCGUCCGGCCCGACCUGGUCCUGGAAAGCAUGGUGGGCAACCCGGCGAUCCCCGGCCAGGCGAUCCCCGACGUGCCCGCCGCGGCCGAUGGCUCCACCAUUGACCUCGCAAUGCUGUACGCCAAGUUUCUCAGCAACCCAGCGGCCGAGGCAGGCGUCGGUGCCGUGACGCCGGAGUCGGGAGGGCAGGUCGACGAGGCAUUCGACACGUUCAGCGCGUCCAGCGACCUGAGCCCAGGCGGCGUUCUCGCGCCGGCGCAGUUCGAUCCAUGCCACGACGGGUUCGGUGAGUGGUCCGGGCCAGUGAGCAGCACUGACCCCACGAGUACGGCUAGUACUACCACCACAACCACCAUGCUGUGCAGUGACGUGAGCGUGCAAGCUGCGCUCGGCGAGCUCAACUUCGCCAUGGAUCAGAGCUGCUUCGACUCGCUAGGGUUGCCCACGGACGUCGGCAACCUCUCGUCGUGGUGUUCGAUCGUGCCAAGCUUGUCGACGUUGGAGGACACCAAGUACGACUCCUUGGAUUCGUUCCCCGACGACGCCCUGAGCCUCCAUGAAGGCAUGAUUUGCGGGCCUGAUCAUGAUUGGAGCGUGGAUUGCCAAGGAUUGGAGGCUCUAUACAUGCCGUAACUACACGAUCGAUCAACUUCUUCUUUUGCUAAUUUGAUGUUGCGAUUGGUUUGUUACAUUUUCCCCCUUUUUCUUUCAUUCAAUUUGGUUUGGAAGAAUUAUAUUUAUAUAUAGAGAUAUAUGUAUGUUUUGAA